GUGAGCUUUCCAAGUACUAUGGAUACUGACACAAUUAUGGAGUUUGCUUGAGCCACAGGCACGACAUCGCAGAGCACUUAUUUGCCUUUGUUCUCUUCAUGGCUGGAAACCAUUCUCUGUUUACUACCUGAUGAUUCGACAUGCCCGAGUUUCGAGGCUUCCCUGCCGGACGCUUCUCACGCUGAAUGGAAACAUGUACCUGGACGUCUUAUUUUAGAUUCUUUGUGUCGUCCUCUCCGAGUUUGCCGCAACACCACACGUUGCGUGGUUAUAUUAUCUCUUUUACCCGCCCACGCCUUCAUGCGGCCCAUAUCAAAAGACGGAAUCGGAAUCUUGGAAUGUCUAGUUUGCACUGGGUGCGCAAAACAUAUGUGUUUCCUGUGCUCACCACCUCUUCCAACUGCCCAGCCGUGGAACGGAGAGAAGGGAUGCAACAUGGCAAGUAUUAUAAAAGGUUCCGAUGUCCUUUCUAGGCUGCCAGUAUUUUGUUGCAAUUUCACUUCUUCUCUAUGGCAUGGACUGUCACUGUAUUUCUCCAUUAUUAGGAUCUGAAAUUCCAUGGAGAUUUUCGUUAUCUCGCCACAUCCUGUUCAGUCGGAGACCCCUCUUGUACUCCGGCCAUGUUCCAUGCUGUUUGAUCAGAUACGCUAGGUUCAUUUUGGUCGGGAUGGAAAGUCUCUAUUCAGUCAAUUACACCCGAGUUUCCAUCGGCGGACGAUCCAUGCGAAUUCACAAUGAACUUACCACAACAUCGACCACCGCCCCCGUCGAGCGCGAUCCGAUAUCUGCUUCUUCAAUGGCAGCCAGAAACUGUGACGUUAAGGGCCCUAGUAUCCACUAUCCCUCGAAAACGAUACCUUUGGUGGACAUCCCACUCCCUUCUUUAUAUCCAUAUAUCGGUUCAAGCGUGCUGGAGGAGCCGAAGUUUAGAGAGGAAGUCACAAAAUUCACAUUACGAUGGACGGGUUUAUUCAGUGGUACUUUCUUUCCGAAAAUGUCAAGCUCUUGACUUCUACCGUCGUUAUAUUGGGUUUGCACAUUGUGUGCUACUUGAUCUUUAUGUGCUGGCAUACACGUGCAAUAUCAUCACUCGAGAUCCGAGAAACAGCACAUGCUGGGUCGGGCUUUUCAAAAGGUUCCGUGGCUAGAAAGAUGGACUUAGUACCGAUUAGAGCAUGUUCGAACUCGCCUGAAAAGCUCUCGCUGUUCAGAAUUGGAGACAGCAGUUACCAUCCGCAGCGAGGAGAUAGGGCCUGAAUUUUGAGUUUGUUUCAGAAUGCAGGCAAACAAUAUGCCCUAUUGCAUCUGCCCACGGGGAUUUCACAAAUGAUAUGAACGGAGCCUGCUUUCACUUGCCAACAGUGGCAAUUUUCGCACUCUGAUUAUCG